AAAGAAACAAAAUGAUGAAUAAACAAAUAAGGCUCGCAAUAAUUUCCCCUUUGGCUUUUUCUACUCUUCUACUUUCCUUUUUGUAUAUUCCUUCUAAUUAUGCUACACCGCAGGCUUAUGUCGUCUACCUAGGGGAUCAAUCCCAAUCAAUUGCUGAUGGUAAAGACAUUUACGAUGAUGAAAAAGUGACCCAAUCACAUUUUGACAUGUUGUCAUCACUCGGCAUUCAUGCUGACAGUGGAAAACAAAAUGAGAAUAAACUACUUUACUCAUACACAAAAUCCAUGAAUGGGUUUGCUGCAGUUCUUGACCAAUCUCAAGUACAAAUGCUUAAGAGUAAACCUGGUGUAAGAGCAGUAUUCCCAAAUAAAAGAUAUGAAUUACACACAACACAUUCAUGGGAUUUUCUUCAAUUGGAAAACCGUGGUGUUGCUGGUCCUGCCUCCCUUUGGAACGCGGCUAAGUAUGGCCAAGAUAUUAUUAUUGCUAAUCUUGACACCGGUGUUUGGCCGGAAUCAGCAAGUUUUAAAGACGACGGAAUGGGGCCAGUUCCGGCAAGAUGGCGAGGAAGUUGUACGGUCGAGAGUGGAAUUCACUGCAACAAAAAGCUUAUAGGAGCAAAAAUGUUCACCAAAGGAGCCGAAGCAAAUGGACUCGUAAUCCCCAAGGAAAUACACAACGGACGCGACUACAACGGCCAUGGCUCGCACACAUUAUCAACAGCAGGCGGUGCUUUUGCUCCGGGAGCUAAUUAUUUUGGUUACUUCAAUGGAACCGCAAAGGGAGGAUCGCCGAAAGCUCGUGUCGCUUCUUACAAAAUUUGCUGGAGUGGUUUUUGCUACGCAGCUGAUAUUUUGGCUGCAUUGGAUGCUGCAAUCAAAGAUGGUGUUGAUGUUCUAUCCAUGUCCAUUGGAAGCAGCGCUACUGAUCUGUUUGACGACAGUACUUCCAUCGGAUCAUUUAAUGCAAUUAGAAAAGGUAUUGCGGUAGUUGCCUCAGCUGGUAAUCAAGGACCCGGGCCGGAGACUAUAAAUAAUGUAGCUCCAUGGAUUUUUACAAUUGGAGCUAGUACAUUGGACCGUAGCUUCAUGAGUUUUCUUGUUCUUGGCAAUCAGAAGCAUAUAAAUGGAUCGAGUCUUUCAACCUCAAACUUGCCGGCCGGAAAGGUUUAUCCUUUGAUCAAAUCAGCCGAUGCAAAAGCUGCAAAUGCAACAGUCCAAGACGCUAUAUUGUGCAAAAACGGAUCGCUAGACCACGCCAAGGUAACAGGAAAGAUUAUAGUAUGUCUUAGAGGAGAUUCAGGAAGAUUAGUGAAGGGAAUGGUGCUUGCAGCUUUAGGUGCAGCUGGUAUGGUUCUAGCCAAUGACCCAAUAAGUGCAAAUGACAUUUCUUCAGAUCCUCAUUUCCUUCCAGCUACUCAUGUCACUUACACUGAUGGUCAAGCCGUUUACAGCUACAUCAAUUCCACCAAAAAUCCUACUGCAUCACUUUCUCCAGUAACACCAGUAUUAGGAAUUCAACCAGCUCCACAAAUGGCUGCUUUCUCAUCAAGAGGGCCUAAUCCACUUUAUCCAGGACUUCUUAAGCCUGAUGUUAUUGCCCCUGGAGUUAACAUACUAGCUGCUUACUCCGGAGCAGGAUCUCCGAGCGAAUUGGACACCGACAAACGUAGAACUCUUUACGGUGUGAUGUCUGGAACUUCAAUGGCUUGCCCUCAUGUUUCUGGUAUUGUUGGUCUUAUCAAAUCAAUCCAUCCAGAUUGGAGUCCUGCAGCUAUCAAAUCUGCCAUAAUGACUACAACUAAAACAAGAGGGAACAAUGGCAAAGCGAUUCUCGACGCAGGCGGUAAACCUGCAACGCCAUUAGCAUAUGGUGCUGGACAUGUACAACCUAACCGCGCAGCAGAUCCCGGACUAGUUUAUGACUUAACAACAACUGAUUACUUGAACGCGCUAUGUGCAAUCGGCUACAACGCCUCAGUCAUCCAAGGAUUCGCAGGUUUUCCCUAUACAUGCCCAAAGAAUUUCACUCUCAACAACCUCAACUACCCUUCAUUUGCAGUCCCAAAUCUAGCCGACCCAGUCGUUGCGACUCGCAGAGUUAAGAAUGUCGGAACUCCUGGAACUUACACUGCCACCGUAAAGGCGCCUGGACAGGUUUCCAUAGUCGUCGAGCCGACAAAACUAACUUUUACUAAAGUUGGAGAAGAGUUGGAGUUUAAGGUUACAUUCAAGCCAACAAUCAAAGGUGCACCUAAGGCCUAUGUGUUUGGGCAGCUCAUAUGGUCGGAUGGCAAACAUAAUGUAAAGAGUCCUCUUGUAGUGAAGCAUGCUUAGGGUUAGUAGGGUACCCUGUGGAUUUAUAUCUGUAUUUGUAUGUGCAAAUAAUUAGCUAAUUAAAGUUCAAUGAUGUUCAUAUAUUACACAUGUUCAUUGUUCAAGUCCAUGGAAAAAUAUGAGAGCGCCUUUUUAGGCGAUUUUUUCAUGGAUGUUUUUGAUUUUUAUAGAUUGGUUGAUUUUUGUAUAGUUCUUGAGCUAAUACAAACUUUUUUUUAUAUUUCUGCAA